AUGGCUGUGCAGUUCAAUGGCAGCAGCUGUCUUGUGGCGAAAUCAAUCUCACCUGCGCUAUCCCCGCCAUUGCCGCCUGGGUUUCGUAAGUUGACCGGCGGUAAGUUUGGUGGUUUCGGCAAGGUGCGGCUCGUGUAUGCAGUUGGCGCUGGAGCAGGGAGCAGCAGCAAUGAUGGAAGCAUCAAGAAGAAGAACGUACCUAAUUCCAAUUAUGUGGUGCCUCUCGACAAAUCAUUUUCUUUCUCCCAAUCUUCUUGUAUAACUCGGCCACUCGCCGAGAUCUUACGUGAUCUGAACAAGAGGAUCCCGGACAACAUAAUCAAGCCUUCCCAACCUUCAACAUCCAUUCCAUGGUAUUGGGUUUUCCCAAAGUACCACGCCAACCGCAUGUUAAGCUUCUAUGCCCCAGGAUGGUGCGGAGAAAUAAGGGAUGUUAUAUUCUCAGACAAUGGUAGUGUUACUGUGGUUUACCGUGUUACCAUACGCGGAUCCGACGGAGAGGCACACCGCGAGUCAAGUGGCACAGUGUCACCGAUCGAGGGCGACACUGCUGAUCCUGUAGCAGCAGCUGAAGAAAUAGCUUUCUGCAGAGCGUGUGCUAGGUUUGGACUUGGCUUGUAUCUAUACCAUGAAGAAUAG